GCAGUCACACACACACACACACACAGUGGGCCAGGCAGUCACUGCAUCGGAAAAUAUCACAGCUCAGCCGAGAUCAACACACACUCGCUGCUGAGAGCCGAGCAGAGCGGCAGUGGAUGUAGCCCGGAGCUUAAACGCAAUAAAUUUUAUCUCAACUGGAGCAAAGCAGCGAGUGUCUGGAAGGGGCGUUCUGCUGGAAUCUAGCCCCUUCCCCCUCCCUCAUGUCUCUGUGAAGCCAAGCUGGACCUGGGUUUGCUUUCAGUGAAGUUUCGAUGUGCUUUUAAUUGUUGCUCGCCUGGAAUUGGGUACUGCAAGAAAUUUUUUGCUCUCUCACCCCUACCUCCGCGUCUGCAACGUAGCAGGGGGUCAGCUUGAGGAGGGGUCCCCACGCUACUCCGAGUGUUGGAUCCAGCAUGGGAGCUGCAACAAGAAGAUCUCCUCCAGGGCAUUGAACGUGACCCAGCGUGCAGCCUCUGAAAGUGUGUGUGUGUGUGUUGUUCGGAGAGUUUAAAACCAGCCUGUCUCCCUCCCACACGCACACAAUGCACUGGAUUUGAACUGGCAUCGCCCUGUGGGCUGGCACCGAUUUAACGACGAGAGCCCGAAGAGGGUGUGGGAGGAGAAUGAUUCUUCAAGCGUCAGGCAUCUGGAGUCUGCCCGUGCGCUACUCGAUUUUGUGGAGACCCUGCGGCGCGUUGUAGGGAGCCAGGCUCGAGGUACACCCUGUCAUUGCUAUCUCCAGCUCCCAGGGACUGUAGGUCCACCUGCCUCCUACAUCUCUGUGCCCACCUCCCACCGUUUGAGAGGGGAGUUUUGGGUUGGGGGGUGUGAAUAGUUACUUGCUAGCAGUGAUGCCCAGACCAAUCUCCUAACCUCAGUGAGGUAAGACAUCCAAUGCCUGGCGAGGGGGAGGGGAGGAGGGCACCAGGGAGUUUGAGGCUGGAUGCCAAUGCCCACCCCCACCCCCACCCCCAGCGCUGCCAGCUACUGAUAUUAUGGCUGCUUGUGCCUUGGUCAACCUGGGCACAAUGAGCAACGACAUCAAGGCAGACUGUUCCCAUCAAACCCGCAGGCUGGCGCUGAAGGUGCCCGAGAGGCAUGUCUCCCGUUGCCAUGUACGCCUGGCCCCAAACCCUGGGGUCAAUGGCGGGCGUGGGCUGAAGCCGUCACGGUCCAGCGAGGACCUGCCAGCCUGCAGCCAGCUCCCCGGGGUGGCCCCCCCUCCAGAGGGAAUGACCGGCCCCCUCCCUCAGGGGAAACCACAGCGAGGAAUCUCCGAGAGCCCCACAGAUCAGCAGGAGCCGCUCAGCAGUAGGGUCCCGGCCGGAAAAUGGGAGCGCUCCCGGACGGAUGAGGAGGUGUCAGCAGGCACAGGGGUCACUGGAGGCAGCCAGAUGGAGCUGAGGCAGCCGCCUGGCUGGGAUGUAGUGCCACUGGCAUUGCCAGGCACCCUGAUGAAGGGGAGUGGCAGAGCUCCAGUCCAGACUUGGCAGUGCCCCACCAAGGACCAGCAGCCUGGGGAAGGGCUGGAUAGGCUCAGGACUCAGUCCCCAGACCACCCUCUGCCCCGUCGCCCGUCACCCACUCCUGCUGCCCAGCCCGGCCUGGUGGAGAUCCCUCAUGUUAUCGUGACAGAGCAUGGGCACGACGACAGCGGGGAGCCCAAUGACGACAGAAACCCCAACGGGCCCCAGGCAUUCGUCCGCAAACUCUCUUCCUCGUCAGCCUCCUCCGCUGGCUUCUCCUCCUCCUGGGACGAGUCGGAGGAAGACAUCUCGAGUGACCCGGACAAAGGAGGCGAUGUCAGCUCGGCCUUCCUCCAAACCCUGGAGCAUCAGCCCAAACCCAGGGUGAGUAAAUCCUGGAGGAAGAUCAAGAACAUGGUGCAUUGGUCACCCUUUGUAAUGUCCUUCAAGAAACGGUAUCCAUGGAUACAGCUGGCAGGACAUGCAGGUAGCUUCAAGGCUGGAGCGAAUGGCAAGAUUUUGAAGAAGUAUUGUGAGUGUGAGCAGAGGUGCCUGGGCCAGCUGAUGGAUGAUGUGCUGUGCCCUUACGUGCCAGCUUACCACGGUGAGGUGGAGAAGGAUGGUGAGAGGUACAACCAGAUGGAUGAUCUGCUAGCAGAGUUUGACCUGCCCUGCGUGAUGGACUGCAAAAUGGGCGUGAGGACCUACCUGGAAGAAGAGUUGACUAAAGCCAGGAAGAAGCCCAGCCUGAGGAGGGACAUGUACCUGAAGAUGAUAGAGGUGGACCCGGACGCGCCAACAGAAGAGGAGAAAGUUCAGCGUGCUGUCACGAAGCCCCGCUACAUGCAGUGGAGAGAGACCAUCAGCUCCACCUCUACACUGGGAUUUCGGAUCGAGGGAGUGAAGAAUGAAGAUGGGACCGUGAACCGUGACUUUAAGAGGACCAAAACUGAAGAGCAGGUUGUGGUAGCUUUCCAAGAGUUCACUAAGGGGAACAGGGUUGUUUUGAAAAAGUACCUUGAUCGCUUGAAGCAGAUUAAGGAAACAGCGGAGGUCUCACCUUUCUUCAGGACUCAUGAGGUGAUUGGCAGCUCUUUGCUGUUUGUGCACGACAGGCGGGAACAGGCCAAGGUUUGGAUGAUCGACUUUGGGAAAACGAUGCCCCUUCCUGAGGGCCAGAUCCUGACUCACAGGACGGCGUGGGUAGAAGGCAACCGGGAGGACGGCUAUCUGUGGGGCCUCGAUCACCUCAUCGCCAUCAUGGAGAAUACGUUACAGAAGCAGAACUGAGAC